AUAUAUCUGUCCUCAAACACAUCAGCACUGACGCCUCGAGCUCGAUGCCUAAUUUCGUGCUCCCCCAUCCAUAACUCAAGUCGACUUAUUUGAUUGACGGCUCCAUAUUUUUGUACGAUUUUUUUCUUCUUCUGUGGCUUCAGAAAGGACAAAAACGGGGUAAUACAGAGCGAGGAAAAGAGGGAGAAGAAAAUAACAAACGCUGCUGGAAAGAAAGUGCGAGCUCAAGAGCACUGGGAGCGACCCAGGGUCAAGACUGUGAAAAAUACACAUAUAUUUCAAAGACAAAGGAGUGUCGACUUUUGCUUAUUUCUGUAUUUUAGGGAAAUUGGGCACGCCGACAUCACCAUUAUUUUACAUUAGAGGACAGCGUAACUGAUCACCAUGACGACAGAAAUGCAGGAGAUCGCCAUCACGGAGGAGAAGCCUUUACUGCCGGGUCAAUCGGACCCUGUGAAGGACUGUGCAGAGGUCGCAGCCCGAAUACUACUGGAUCAAGGCCAGGAACACAGUGUGGAGACGCCUCAUGGCGUGCUGCACGUGACAGUUCACGGUGCCGGAAACGCACGCAGACCGGCCAUACUGACCAUCCAUGAUGUGGGAAUGGACAGUAAGAGCUGCUUCUCCACCCUGUUUAAGUUUGAGGAGAUGCAGGAGAUUGUGAAGAACUUCACUGUGGUCCAUGUCGAUGCUCCAGGACAGGAAGAAGGCGCGGCCAUUUAUCCUGUUGGAUACCAGUACGCAACCAUGGAUCAGAUCUCUGAGAUGCUUCCUGCUGUCCUGCAGUACUUUAAUUUCCGCACAAUUAUUGGUGUUGGAGUCGGAGCUGGUGCUUACAUACUGUCCCGAUUCACUUUGUCAAACCCUGAAGCUGUGGAGGGACUCGUGUUAAUCAAUGUGGACACAAACGCACGAGGCUGGAUGGACUGGGCUGCCCAGAAGCUCUCCAAUCUGACGUCUUCCCUCUCAGACCAAAUCCUGAGUCACCUCUUCAGUCAGGAAGAGUUGUCGGCAAACACAGAGCUCAUUCAAACUCACAAAGAGAGAAUCGCUAAAGCACCGAACCUCAUCAACGUCGAACUCUUCUGGAAGAGCUACCUGGGUCGCAGAGAUCUGAGCAUCGAAAGGAACAACACUUUCAAAUGUCCUGUGAUGCUGGUGGUUGGUGAUCAGGCUCCGUAUGAGGAAGCAGCUGUGGAGUGCAACAGCAAACUAGAUCCAACUACCACCUCAUUCCUCAAGAUGGCCGACGCCGGCGGGAUGCCACAGCUGACUCAGCCCAGCAAACUGACAGAAGCGUUUAAGUACUUCAUUCAAGGCAUGGGAUACAUGGCGUCCUCCUGCAUGACGCGUCUCUCUCGCUCGCGCACCACCUCUCUCUCUUCCUCCUACUCCAUGGAGGGCUCGCGCUCCCGAUCCCGCACGCUGUCCCAGGGCUCGCAGGGCGGACAGCUCCCGCCGAGCCCGUCCCAUACCAUGGAGGUGUCAUGCUGAGGAGUGCCAGAGAGGGGGAGAGAGAUGGACGGAUGAAACGUUUGAGUCCUGUGGGCGGUGGAAAGUGAGUUUCGUGCGUGACGACGGACGGGCGGAUGACGACUCUCUCCCUCCCUUCACCGACCUGUCAGGCAAACGAUAGCGACAUGGGCGGGGCCUUUAGUGAGACCCAAAUGUAGUGUUAACCAAUAGUAAUACUUCUAAUAUGAAUAUUGAUUAUGAUAUUAAUAUUAAUAACGACAAGCGUCACUGAAAAAAAUAAAUAACAAUGUUUCUCUUAAAUAUUACAUGUUGAAUUUCUAAACAAAAGAAUAGAGAAAAGAGUAUAUAAGCUCAUAAUGUGUGUCUAUCAACUUCUAUGUGAUUUUUUUUUUUUUUUUUUUGGUGUGCUUUUUUCUUUCGUUUUUGUAUUUUGUAUUAUUAUUUUUUCUCAUAUACAAUCCUGCUGCUGUGAGAGGGGUACAGUAUUUUCGGAGACGUUGGCGACAGUUUUAGGCCGAACGAAGUACUCGUCUCUGUAGUUGACAGCCAGCUCAUGUCUUCCAUUUGAUCCUUUGCGAAAAAAGCUAUAUACAUAAAAAGCGAGAAAGAAAAAUACUGUAAUUAUAUUUUACUUUGAUUUGUUUGGUUGAGGGGUCAGGGCCUUUGGGGUCUUUGCCUGUUCUUAAUUGCAUGCCGGAAUUUUUUUUUUUUUACGUUUGUUUCAUUUCGGUGAGAGUGUGUGUGUGUGUGUGCGGUCUUGGUGCGUUCAGUGGGAAAUAAAAACGCGACAGUCACAGGAGUUGUUGUUCUGAAGUCAACGGGAAAUGACAUUCACAUGUAACUUCUGUAAGCUAAUGUAUUUUCAUUGAAACAGGAAAUUCAUUAAAAAUAAUUGUAAGACGGGAUUAUCUGUGAGGAACCGAUUGGAUGGUGAAAAGUGUCUCUGUAAGAUGGUGGUUGAGAAGUAAAAUAAAUUAAGGACGGCAGUCGAAAGGGAAAGUUGUUUCAGAGGCGGAGCGAGUUUGAUGAAAGACGUGCACCAAUUAAUCGUUCACAGUAAGGGCAGAAACAUGAAAGUAAAUAAAGUCGAUUUCAAGUUGACGUUCAGGUGAAAGCAAGCAGGAUAGUUAGAGGGGUCGGACAAGUGCUUCCAUCAACGAGUGUGUUUACAUGUAAAACGAAACUCAUUGUGAAAACUCACCUCUAGGAUUUACCAGCAAAUCAAUAAAUCAAAGGAAACUGUUUACAUUAUCCAUUUUUCCCGUUGCAUUCACAAAUGGGCAAAUUUCUGAGUCAUUUCUUUAGAAAUCUAUUCUAGUUUCAUAAACGAAAAACUAGAAAUGUGUCGCUUGUGUGUCUCAUGAAUGAGCCGACAGAGCGCUUAUAAAGGCAUUUCAACCUUAUCUCAUGAGAAUGUGUAACUAUCUUAUGUUUUUGCAUAUUGGUGGUGAAUUAGUAUGAUGUUAUUCCUACAAAAGCGUGAGAUUAUUAGGAAUAAAAGUAAGCAUGAAGUUCCACCCUUAAAAUUUUACAGAACAUACGAAUGAGAAUUCAUACCAUUUGCCACCAAUGUAAAAUAGUUACGAAUUGCCACAAGAGUAUAUUGGUCGUGGUACAUCAUGUACCUCCUCUACAUCAUUUACCAAUGUACAUUGGUACAUGAUCUGAUGAUUUGGCAUUUAGAGGCUUUUCCCAAUAAAAGCCCACUGUUUAAGGCAUUAUUAAUCACAAACGGUAUAAGGUCAUGCAUGUGAACACACUCAUUCAGUCCAGUUUUAAAGCAAUCACAGCUGGUACUCUGAUGUAGUUUGAGAAAAAAAAAAAACUGCAGGAU